AUGCAACGAUUAGCUACAGGUAUCGCAGUUCUCUUCUUAGUUAUAUUAAGUUUUUACUCAACUGAUGCGAUCAAUUGUUAUGCAUGCCUUAGUGCAACAAGUCCUGGUUGUGGUCAAACAUUCGAUAAAACAAAUCUGAAUACUACUACGUUUACUCUUGCGACAAAUGGCUCACAACUCUGUGCAAAAAUACAACUAGGUAAUCAAUAUGUUCGAGGCCCUGUUGAUCCAAGUAACUGUCCAAAUAAUGGUACUGGUUGUUAUUCGGCUACAGAAAAUGGUACUUUUGCAUUAGCUUGUUGUUGUAAUACAGAUUUAUGUAAUGGUGUUUCAUCGAUUCAACAUCAAUAUUUUCUUCUUAUUUCUGCUAUUAGUGUAUUCAUUGUUAUCAAGAAUGUAUUUACUAUAUAA